AUGUGGUUGGCGAAAAACUUCUCGGUUGUGAAUUGUGAAGUGCUGCCGUCCAGGCGUCUGUUUGCCGGGUACGGAUACGGCGUGACACCAGUGGUUGGCGUAGGGUCGACGCUACGAAUUAUGGAAAGUUACAAGGAAGUUGAGCGCGGUGGACAGGGAUGUUAA